AUGAACGAUCGUGGUGGUGGUUUUGGUGGUCACAACACUACUACUUCUCAUGCCCUCGGUUCGGGAGGAGGUGCGUUACUCUCGGAGUGCACGAUACGAGUUGAAAACAGAUUCGAAAUACGCGUGGACACUUGGGGGAAAAAAAAUGCAUUCUCAACAAACAACAACGACAACAUCCUUCAUCAAAUCCCAACGUUUUACUUUCUAACGCACAUGCACCAAGAUCACUUGCGAGGAUUACGGGAAGAUACGUUCGAGAACGAUAAUAAUGGGAGGAUAUAUUGCACGGAAAUCACGAAUAUUUUACUGGUGAAACGAUUUCCGAGGUUGGAAUCGAAAGUCAAAGUGUUGGAGUUUGAUUCCGUGGAGGUGGUCGAGGUUGUUUCUAAUAAGAAAAACACGAAAGAAGAAGAUUUGAGGUUCAACGUGUACUGCUUGGACGCCGGGCACUGUCCCGGGUCCGCGAUGUUUGUCUUCGAAGGAACGUUUGGGAAAGUUUUACACACCGGGGAUUUCCGGAGGGAAGAUUGGAGCGGGAGUUUGCCGAGCGGGAAGAGGAUGAGUUUACCGACGCCCGGGAGCAACGGAAGCGGAAGCAACAACGGGUUGAGGAAGAAUUUUUUUAGCAUGUUGAACGACGUGCCACUUUCUGCGAUGUGGUCUUCGAGCAGUCCGAGUUUGACGACGGGUUCCCAGGACCUCGGGUACGACAACAACAAUAACACAACUUUGAAGAACGCGACGCCGUUGCCGAAAGUGCUCGAUAAUUCGAAAACGCAAGCGGUGGACGUUUUGUAUCUCGACAACACGUACAACAAUCCAGAGUACGAUCAUCCACCCAGAGCUGUCGCUUUGGAACGCAUCGUAAAGUUAGUCACGGAAAUCGAGCCGGAGCGUCCGGUGAUUCUUUUGUUAGAUUCUUUAGGUAAAGAAGACAUCGUCAUAGCGCUGAGCCAAGCGACGAAAUCGAAAGUCUAUUUGCACAAAGAUCGAUACAACGAUUGGUUAAAGUUAGGAUUUGAGAAAGAGUACGUGUGUAACAGUCUCGGAGAAAACGAAAGCACGAGAGUGCGCGUACUCCCCAAGGCCAUGGGGAGACACAAAGAGAACGUGUGCGGACCGUUGGUGGCCGGGUUGAAGAACUUUAAGGAGUGGGGACCGUUGGUCAUCAGUCCGACGGGCUGGGCGCGCGUCACCGAACAGAUGCGAGAGGAGGACGAGAAACAAGAGAUGGAUACGGAACGACGGGAAAAGAUGACGAACGAGGAGAAAACAGACUGGGUUCGCCGAUCGGUUCCGUAUUCUUUACACAGCAGUUACAGCGAACUGGAAACGUUCGUGAAAAGAAUCCAACCGAGGAAGAUUAUCGGCAACACGAGGGACGACACCGUGAAAGAGGCGGAGAGGAAAGGGUUAUCAGAAGUUCGCUCGGUACACGUGAGGAGUCUGAAAACGUUUCUGCGGCCAUCGUCGCAAUCGGAAGAGAACUUAGUGUUAAAAGCAGUUUUUGAAACAGAAAGAAGACGCGAGCAAGCGACAGCGACGACGACAAAAAUGAACACGACGAAACUGUCGGUCAAUUCGCCUAGAGACGACAUUUCAGACGUGCGACUGCUUUCGGCGUCGUCGCCACGAGGCGUCAAAGGCGACGUGAAAGAAACGCUUCACAAAAUGAGGAUCGUUUCGCCGAGCAAGCCAGCGACGAAGUACGCGCUCGCGAAUAAAAAGUUACCGCUACGUUUACAACGGUUUCAACAAAAAGAACGAGAAAACGACGCCACAAAGCCGCAAGAAAGAGAAGAAGAAGAAGAAGAAGAAGAAGAAGAAGAAGAAGAAGAAGAAGAAGAGGAAGAAGAAGAAGAGAAAGAAGAAGAAACUCCAGAAGAAGAAACCCCGGAGGAGAUUUCUGUGCUACCUCUACCACCGAAUAGAAGAAGGCUACCGUUACCGAAGAGCUUAACGACGACUCGGGAUGUCAUUCUUCAUUCUUCGGAAGAAGAUUUGUACAUCAAGUCAAACCUCAAAUCGCAGCCGUCCGUGCGAGGCCCAUCGAAGGAACAGCCAGUCAACCGCAUACCGCUCGUGAACAAUCAAAAAAGCGACGGAUUCGACGUGCUGAACGCAUAUCUCGAACAGAGAAUGAGACAAAAAGAAGAAGAGCGCCUCGAAAGAGAGAGACAACAAGAGCUCGGCGACGUCAACGCCGACGCAGAUAUUGAGGAUGAAGACGACGAAGAAGAGGAAGAAGUGGAAGAGAAGGAGGAGGAGGAGGAGGAGGAGGAGGAGGAGGAGGAGGAGGAGGAGGACGCCGACGACGAUAUUGUUCCUACGCAGUCAGCUGACGGAGCCAUCGGGCACGGGAACGAAGAAAAAGAGGUGACAGCAACGCUCGCGAGCCCUAGUAAAUGGUUUUCAUCCAUCAUAGGGCCGGUGAAACGGUUGUUCUCGAGAAAUGGUGAGAAGAAAACUCCUUUGGAAGAAAAGUUACCGGAACCGAGAGUAAAAGAAGAAGAAAAAGAAGAAGAAAAAGAAGAAGAAAAAGAAGAAGAUGAUGACGAGUGCACAACAAUGAUAGAUGAUAUAGAUUCGGAUGAAGACAGUGAAAUCGUAGACGAAUCUGAAGAUGACGGAAGUGAUCUUGAGGAUUUUAUUGUCCCAGACGACGAAGUUGAUGGGAUGGUUAUACCACCACCAAACCAUGCUACUAUUGAUAAAGAAUGGAACGAUUGGGAACCCGGAAGCCCGGGUUCAAUGCGUUUCAAGGAAAUAGUAAAUGUUAUUGAAACACACGCAAAAAUACAAGCGGAUAUCACUGCGAAAGUCACUGACAUGGACGACAACGAUGGCGAAGCAGAGCAUGGCGGUGGCAACGACGCGAUCGCCGGUACAAAUACGAAAUCAACCGGAACCACCGCCGCGUGUGGUAGUGAACCGAACCCUCAAGGCGGUCCUCGACGUUCGAAACAUCACAACCCGUGGGGAUUAGACGAAACUCAGGCUUUGAUUGAAGGCGUCUCCAGAUGCGGCGGCGGUAAAUGGGCCGAUAUUAAAAAGCUUGGGUUUCCGGAAAUUGAACAUCGCACCGCGGUUGAUUUGAAGGACAAGUGGCGCACCUUGCUUCGAACCGCAACAUUACCGACGCCGUCUGGACGAGAAGCCGCUGGUAAGUCCGGCGGCGACAAGAAACGAGAAAUCCCGAGAGCUAUGUUGGACCGAGUUCGAGAACUCGCCAUGCUUCACGCGAAGCUUAAAGCGCGCGACGCAGGCCACACUCUCAAAGACACCGUCGAUGACGGGAACAAAGAGACGUACACGAGUCAAUUAGAAGCAACAUUUCCAGCAUUAAUCGAUGGCUCGUAUUUGAGCGUGGAAAAGCCAAAAGAAGAUGGUGCGGAUGUUGGCGAAGAGCGAGAAGACGCCGCCGCCGCCGCCGCCGCCGCCGAAGAAGAACUCGAUAAUGAUAAUAAUAAGAACAACAAUAAUAACAGUGGCGAUGCCAGCGAAGACGACGACGACGAUGACAUGCCAAUUCGGGGAAGUCAUCAUCGCGCGCGCAAAUCUGGAUCACCGCCGACUGAAGAAGAGCUGAAGGAGGCAGUGUUCGAGAUAAUCGUACGAGUCAAAGAGGGAGGAGGCAAACGAAUAUCAACCAAGGAGGUUCGCAAAGAGCUAGAAAAGAAAUUCGGGUGCUCUUUAAAGGCGUACAAGGAAAAAAUACAGGACUGCAUUUACUUCAAGGUCAUCGACCGAGACACAACCAUAGUAAGGAAGAAGCGCAACAAUUCACGGAAGGAGGGAAGUCGAUUAAAGCGUAAACGCGAGUUGAAGACAGAGCAAGACGUAAAAGACGAUGUCAGAGAGACAGAAGGAGUAGCAGAAGAAGAAGUAAAAGAAGAGGAGCGAGAGGUAAAGAAGCGACCGCAACGAAAGAAGAAAGUAAAAAAGCUUCGGAAAUCAAAUCCUCUAAGAUAUGCGGAUUCAGAUGCAUCAUCAUCCGACGACGACGACGAAGAUGAUGAAGAAGAAGAAGAAGAAGAAGAAGAAGAAUAUAACGAUGGCGACAACUCCGACGAUGAUAAUGAAAACGAGGACGAGAUGGACGACAAGGAAUCCAAGUCAGUAGAGAAACCGCACAAAGAGCGAAAAACACCAGCCUCGAUAUUCUCCAACACUGGAGUGUAUUCCGUUCCCGGGAAAGUUCGAUGGCAACGGACGACAGCACAGCUCGAGCGUUUAGAACAGCUCUUCGCGAAUGAUACGACGACGCCGCGGGGAGAAAAAUUGAAACAAGUGACGGAAGAGUUGAGCGCGCUCGGCCCCAUUCAAGAGUGCAACGUGUUUAAUUGGUUUCAGAAUAAGAAAUCGAGAUUGAAGAAACUGGAGGAAGAUGCGGCGAGGGAAAAAAUGGAAGCGGCAGCGAAUAAGAGAUCGAGAGACUCUGACGAUAUGGAGAACGGCACCGUCGUUGAACCCGAAAUAGAAAAAGAGGAGCAGGACUCUGAGAUCGAUAACGAUUUAAGGUUGCUAUGGGAAAAAAUGAAAGUAGAAAAGAGAAAACGUCCGCGGACUUAG